UCCAUUAAAUUGCUUGCUUACAAUUCGCUGAUACUUCCAAAACUAGAAUACGCUAGCCCUGUCUGGAGUCCUCAUCAGGCAUACCUUGUUGAUAGACUGGAGUCCGUUCAAAAUAAGGCAGCCCGAUUUAUUACCUCUGACUAUUCUCCAUUAACUAGCGUCACGUCACUACACUGUACAUACAGUGUUACAUCAAUGAAAAAUAGCAUUGGUUUACCCACACUAAUGACACGUAGAAGCAUUUUCCGCCUGAUCUUAGUUCAUAAGAUUUACCAAAAUAACCGUUUCAUGCGCCGUGAACUUCUAACGCCACCUACUUAUGUUUCAUCCCGCGUAAAUCACCAGUACAAAGUC